GGUUGCCAUGGCAGUGGCCAGGCACGCGGCUCGUUGGAGGGAAGAUGGCGGUGACCGGCUGGCUGGAGAAUCUGCGGGCGGCAGAGAAGACUGCACUGCUGCAAGACGGGAGAAGAAAGGUGCACUAUUUGUUCCCAGAUGGAAAGGAGAUGGCCGAAGAAUAUGAUGAGAAGACAAAUGAACUACUUGUGAGGAAGUGGCGUGUGAAGAGUGCCCUGGGAGCCUUGGGCCAGUGGCAGAUUGAGGUGGGAGAGCCAGCACUCCCAGGAGCAGGGAGCCUGGGGCCUGAACUCAUCACGGAAAGCAAUGCCAAUCCCAUAUUCAUGCGCAAGGAUACCAAGAUGAGUUUCCAGUGGCGAAUUCGAAACCUCCCAUACCCUAAGGACGUUUACAGCGUCUGUGUGGACCAGAAGGAGCACUGUGUUGUCGUGAGAACAACCAACAAAAAGUACUACAAGAAGUUCUCCAUUCCUGACCUAGAAAGAUACCAGCUACCUCUGGAUGAAUCCUCGCUGAGCUUUGCUCACGCCAACUCCACUCUCAUUAUCUCUUACCAGAAGCCAAAGGAGGUCCUGGUGGCUGAGUCAGAGCUGCAGAAGGAGCUGAAGAAGGUGAAGACAGCCCACAGCAGUGAUGGCGACUGCAAGACUCAGUAGCUGACGCCUGAGCCUGACUUCUGACACUAAGGGUGGGUGAGGCUUUUCCUGCAGGCCUGUGAGGCUUCGGGCUUGGGCUUUUCUGGCACAGGGGCAGCCUCUCUUCUCCCAGGAUCUGUCUAGCUUUUAUAAGAACUGGGCCUCAGGGCAUUCCUGGCCCCCAGGUCGUGGUCUUCCCUCCUGAGUAAAGUAAUUCUGAGUCACUGUGUGUG